UUUCCUGCACAGACUCGACCGAUUACAUCUGUCGAUAAAGAAAACGAUUAUUCGGUCAGACGCGAGUUAGAAGGACCUUGGAAAAGCGAAUGCGAAUAUAUAACUACAGCUAAUUUAGGAGAAGUAUUUCCCGGCGCUGUUACACCUCUUACAUUUAGCAUAAUUAUAAAACUCUUUGACACUUCGGGUCAGAGAAGAAUGAAGAGAAGAGGGAGAUUAGAAGAAGGAGCAUUUUGCCCUUAUUUCCUACGUAGCAUGACAAUUACUAACGGUCACAUGGUAUUUAAUUUAAUAGACACUUUAUACCGAUAUAAUUCGGAAAAGGCUACUACUUUCAGCAAUUCUUCUCUAGUUUCGUUAUUUGGACGAAUUCUGGAAGAGGAUGACGAAUUUAGGAAGAGAGGAAGAGAACGUUACAGCACAAAUCGUUCGACCACGUACGCUGUUUAUCGUCUGGCGUAUCUCUUUUAUGAUAUAUAUAAUUCCAAAAGGUUAUUAGAGAAAACAAAGGCCAAAUAUGCAGAUUUUAAGGUUUCGACGACCAAACUGUGUUCUUCAUCAGAAAUAUUUGAAGAAAUUUCUAAGAAACUAUAUCACAUAGAAGAGCCCGUUAACGUCCACAUCGUAUGCACUGUCAGUUCGUCUAUCUGGAAUUCGGCAGUUUUAUCCAACCUGGUUAAGGCGCAAAAUGGUUGGACGACCGAAGUUUAUGCAGAUUUUGCAUUUCUUACGUCGAACAUAAAUUCGAUCGAAAGCGCAUCUGUUCCUGCAGCGAUAGACGACUUGGCAUUGCUUAUAUCGAAACAUAUAAGAACAGAGGAAUUUCAAAAAAUGGAAACAAACAAAGUUUUUUCUUGGUUAAACGAUAAUACCGAAGUAAGAAAAAAAUUUCAAGAAUUUAUCGAAAAGCACGGUCAUAGAUGUAUUAAAGAGUUUGAUUUGUAUUCUAAAACCUGGAAGAUGGAUCCUUUACCACUAAUUAAGACAUUGCAGAAUUCAGUGGGAAAAGCGAUAAAACAGAAAGAAGGUGCGAUGGAUAUCGAAUUGUUAUUGAAUAAAAUUAAGUCGCCGUUAACUAAGGGCCAAAAACGAAUACUUCGAUUCGUGUUGCCAAGAUGUCGAAAAGCAGUGGAAUACAGAGAAGCAACUAAAUCUUUCCUAAUCAAAAUAUUAAAUUCGUUUCGAGAAGCAUUUUAUCAUUUGGGACAGGUGAUGGUAGAUGAAGGAAGGUUAUUUGACAAAGAACAUUUAUUUUUUCUAACCUUCGAAGAACUGGAUAUGCUAAUAAAAACGAGAUCUGCAAGAAUACUGCACAAAGCGGUAGCCCGUCAUAAAAUCUACUACGAACUCGACUCUCUGAAAUUUCCCGAAAUUCAUUGCGGCAUUCCUAAUCCUUAUCGUAACAAAGCAGUAAUUGAAAAUAAUGGAAAUGGAGCAUCCGUAAUAAUGAAAGGAACUCCUGUCAGUCAAGGAAUAGUUAAAGGAAAAGCCAGAGUUAUACUUAAUAUAAAAGAAGCCGAUUCUAUUUGUCAAGGAGAAAUACUAAUAACGUACAGUACCGAUAUCGGAUGGAGUCCUUAUUUUCCUCUUAUAUCCGGUCUGGUUACCGAACUCGGUGGAUUAAUAUCGCAUGGUGCGGUAGUGGCGAGAGAAUACGGUCUUCCUUGCAUUGUCGGAGUUCAUUCUGCAUCUGAAGUAUUUCGGACAGGCGACAUUGUUCUAUUGGAUGGAAAUAGCGGAAUUCUGCAGAAAGUGACAGAAGGGGAAGGUUUCUAGAGGCGCUCUCCUCCAUUGACAUCAGCUUCUUUCAUUUUACAAAUGGUUCCUUCAUCGCCGUUUAAAACGAUAAUGUCUCCUAAAAAUAUCCAUUUAUAUUUAUAAAAAUGUAAUAUUUUCGAUAAUAAAUUACUAGAAAAAGUUUCAA